AUGGAAUUUCCGAUUAAUGGUGCGACGGAUGACGAUAUAGAUAAUCAGCUGCGGGAGAUCCACAAUGAAGUCAACUCCGCGCCUCUUCUCAGCCAACCGGACCCACUCACGCUCACAUGUGCACUGGCACGUGAGUAUGAAAAUAACGGCGAGUUUUAUAAUCAGGUGCUUUCCUUGUUUUUGGUCUCUCCCGAGUCCGGUGCUCCGGGCUACAGGGCCAUUCGGUACGCCCGACGGGAUGGCAAUUGCUUUUAUCGCUGCGUUUCCUUUCGAUUGUGCGAGUUGAUGCUUCAGGACUUGGAAUUUGCCCAGCACACACUGAUGAUUAUGCAGAAUACGAUACGACCACGCAUGCAUCAGCAAUUUGGAGAGUACAGUGGGGAUUUUUGUUUUAUAGCGGAAAGCAUUGCCCAGCAUAUUUGCAAUGGGGAACUAUACACGAUAGACAUGGUCUAUGAGGCCGUUAUCAAUGAAGAAAAAGCAAACUAUUUCAUCGUCUACCUUCGCUAUGCCCUGUCAAUUUAUUUGCGAGACCACGCCGACGAGUUCGUCCCCUUUGUGAUGGGUCUUGGCUUCACGACUGUGGAGCAGUACUGUGAGACGGAGGUGGAGCCCUUCUCCAAGGAGAGCGACAACGUGGAGAUUGAGGCCUUUGGGCGGCUUUUCGACGUGUCCAUUCAUGUCGAGGUGAUGGACCCCAAGGCUAGAAAGCUGACGACGAUUCAUAUUGGUUCAAAACAGGGCAAGAAUGCUCACUCUCCCCGCAUGAUGUACUUAUUAUUCCGACCUGGACAUUAUGAUUUGCUUGAAUCAUAG